UGGAGCAAGCAAGGAUUGAAGAUUCACCCGCAUCUUCCCUUGUUGAUAAUCCUGGUAAGCGACGAUCAGUGGCCAUCCCUCCAUAAAAUCCAAAGAACGCAUAUAUUAUGAGGACGCUGCAUCACCAAACGCUGAAGUAACCAAGAAGCACACAAAUCCGACCCCUAUGGCUGUUGUCACUCUUCGCCUACUUUCUUUCUUCUUCUUCCUUUCUCUUGUUUUCUUCUCUGUUUCUUCAUACUCAUCCUCAGAGUCUCCACAAACAUUCAUCGUCCACGUUUCUAAAUCAUCAAAACCCAAACUUUACUCCUCCCAUCGUGAUUGGUACUCUUCUAUUGUCAAAUCCCUCCCUCCUUCCUCUCAUCCCGCCAAAAUCCUCUAUACCUACGACUCUGCCGUGCACGGCUUUGCAGUCCGCCUUGCUGCCUCUCAAGCGACUGAGCUUAGCAACAUCGCUGGCGUCCUCUCUGUUGUCCCGGAUCAAAUCCGCCAUGUCCACACCACACAUACCCCUGAUUUUCUCGGUCUGACUGAUGGCUUUGGAUUGUGGCCGAACGGCGAUUACGCCGAUGAUGUCGUGAUCGGAGUUCUGGAUACAGGGAUUUGGCCGGAAAGACGUAGUUUCUCAGAUUCUGGACUCUCCCCUGUUCCGAAUACCUGGAAAGGGGCUUGUGAAACGGGUCGUGAUUUCCCUGCUUCUGCUUGUAAUAGAAAGAUUAUUGGUGCUAGAGUUUUCUAUAAGGGAUAUGAAGCUUAUUUGGAGAGACCUAUUGACGAGUCAGUGGAAUCGAAAUCUCCGAGAGAUACAGAAGGCCAUGGGACUCAUACUGCUUCAACAGCUGCUGGAUCUGUGGUCGCAAAUGCGAGUUUGUUUCACUACGCUCAAGGUGAAGCUCGAGGAAUGGCCACAAAAGCGCGGAUUGCUGCGUAUAAGAUCUGCUGGAAACUGGGUUGUUUCGAUUCCGAUAUCCUUGCUGCCAUGGAUCAAGCAAUUGCUGAUGGGGUCCAUAUUAUCUCCCUUUCUGUUGGAGCCACUGGGUAUGCACCGCAAUACGAUCACGAUUCCAUAGCGAUUGGAGCAUUUGGUGCUUCUCAGCACGGUGUUCUUGUGUCUUGUUCAGCUGGCAAUUCUGGUCCCGGUUCAUACACUUCUGUGAACAUAGCUCCUUGGAUCUUGACAGUCGGUGCUUCUACUAUUGACAGAGAAUUUCCAGCUGAUGUGGUUCUAGGCAACGGUAAGAUUCUUGGUGGGGUGUCUCUGUACUAUGGUGAUGAAUUACCAGACGUCAAACUUCCACUGGUCUAUGCUGCUGAUUGCGGAAGCAGAUACUGCUACAUGGGGUCUCUUGAUCGCUCUAAAGUCGAAGGGAAAAUUGUUGUUUGUGAUAGAGGAGGUAAUGCCAGGGUUGAGAAAGGAAGUGCAGUGAAGCUUGCAGGUGGGUUAGGAAUGAUUUUAGCUAAUACUGAAGAUAGUGGAGAAGAACUUCUUGCGGAUGCACACCUUAUAGCAGCAACUAUGGUGGGUCAAAUUGCCGGAGACCAAAUCAGGGAAUACAUAAAAUCGAGUGAUUAUCCAACAGCAACAAUAGUGUUCAGGGGGACUGUAAUUGGGAAUUCACCAGCUGCUCCUAAAGUUGCAGCCUUUUCUAGCCGUGGUCCAAACCAUGUCACACCUGAGAUUCUUAAGCCAGAUGUUGUAGCUCCUGGUGUUAAUAUUUUGGCUGGGUGGACGGGAAGUGUAGGUCCUACAGAUUUGGACAUUGACCCUAGAAGAGUUGAGUUUAACAUAAUAUCAGGUACCUCAAUGGCUUGCCCUCAUGCUAGUGGUAUUGCAGCUUUGCUUAGGAAGGCUUAUCCGAAAUGGUCACCUGCUGCUGUAAAAUCUGCUUUAAUGACAACAGCUUAUAAUGUGGAUAAUUCUGGGAAGAACAUUCGGGAUCUUGGAAGUGGGAGAGAAUCGACCCCUUUCAUUCAUGGGGCUGGACAUGUUGAUCCAAACAGGGCUCUAAAUCCUGGCUUAGUUUAUGAUUCGGAUACAAAUGACUAUUUGGCUUUCCUUUGCUCAAUUGGGUAUGAUCCUAGUAGAAUUUCCGUUUUCAUCAGAAAGCCUGCUAGUUUAGACAUUUGUGGAGGAAAACUAUCCAGGACAGGAAGCUUGACUCGUCCUGGUGAUUUGAACUACCCAUCCUUCUCAGUGGAAUUUUAUCCUGACGAAGACUUGGUGAAGUAUAGAAGAGUUGUUACCAACGUUGGUAGCUCAGAAGAUGCUGUUUACAAAGUGAAAGUGAAUGCUCCUCCUGGUGUUGAAGUCAGUGUCUCACCAAGCGAGCUUGUAUUCAGUGCUGAAAACAAGACACAGAGUUAUGAGAUCACUUUUGGUAAAGUACCUGGGUAUGCCAAGUCUGCUAGUUAUGGUUCGAUUGAAUGGAGUGAUGGAAGCCACAAUGUAAGGAGUCCUAUUGCUGCGAGAUGGACCAAUGGGUUGUCUUCAUCCAUAUGAAUUGCCUUCAGGAGGUGUUGGGGAGCUGCAUUGGAGUACGUCAAGCACAGGUUUCUAUGGGCUUUGUGCCUUUGAAACCUCUCUCAUAUUCUAUUGUACAAAGUGUAAUAUCUUUAUUGGGUGUUCUGUUGGAUGCAAAUCUCAUCCACUGCUGUGAGAUUGUGGUAGAUGAAGGGUUUGCUAAUAACUUAUCAGGAGUGAAAUAGUCAUUAAGACUUGAAAUAAGCUUUGUACUAAUUCUGGAUGUUAGGUUUGCAGUUACCCUGUGCAAAAGUUGCAUGUGCCUUCUCCACUAGUAUUGUUUAACUA